UACCCAUAUAGUAGUUGCCAUAACUAAAGCAAAUCUGAGUAAUGAUGGCACCGCAACUGUACAACGCUCCUCGGCCCACUUUCGCCGCCUCCUCCGACGCAUUAACUCGCCGCCAUGGUACAACUCUCCUCAACAGAAAUUGCUUCUUCAAUUCCCCAAUUUCCCACCAAGGUACAACCAUCAGCAGCAGCUGCAGCAGCAGAGGAAGUACAAGCAUUAAAUGCGCAACUUCGGUGUCCGGUUUGUCUGCUACAACCACCUCAACAACCCCAUCAAUUUCAUCAUUUAAUGAGUUGAUUGAGUCUUUAAUUAGUCGGGUGGACUUAUCGGAAUCAGAGGCUGAAGGGUCUCUGGAUUUUCUACUGAACGAAGCCAAUGAAGCGUUGAUCAGUGCCUUUCUUGUUCUGUUGAGAGCUAAAGGAGAGACUUACGAAGAAAUUGUGGGAUUGGCAAGGGCGAUGAUCAAGUAUUCUAGAAGGGUGGAAGGAUUGGAUGAAGACGGAGUUGACAUUGUGGGGACAGGAGGUGAUGGCGCCAACACAGUGAACAUUUCCACUGGUGCUUCUAUACUUGCUGCUGCUUGUGGUGCAAAAGUUGCAAAGCAAGGUAAUCGAUCGAGUUCUUCAGCUUGUGGAAGUGCCGACGUGUUAGAAGCACUAGGGGUUAUAAUUGACCUUGAUCCAGAGGGGGUGACGAGGUGCGUAAAAGAAGCAGGAAUUGGUUUUAUGAUGGCUCCCAUUUACCAUCCAGCAAUGAAGAUUGUCGGUCCAGUGAGAAAAAAGCUAAAAGUGAAAACUGUUUUCAACAUCUUGGGCCCCAUGCUGAAUCCUGCACGGGUCCCGUAUGCUGUUGUUGGGGUGUACAAGGAAGACCUGGUCUAUAAAAUGGCAAAAGCACUUCAAAGAUUUGGCAUGAAAAGGGCACUGGUCGUUCACUCAGAAGGCCUAGAUGAAAUGAGUCCUCUCGGGCCUGGAUUAGUCCUUGAUGUUACGUCGGAUAAUAUUCAAAAGUUCUCAUUUGAUCCCUUGGAGUUUGGAAUCCCUCGUUGUACGCUGAACAGUUUGCGGGGUGGAGAUCCAAAGUAUAAUGCUGAGGUAUUAAAGCGUGUACUGUCAGGAGAGAAAGGGUCCAUUGCUGACGCAUUAGUACUAAAUGCGGCAGCAGCUCUCUUGGUCAGUGGACUUGUAAACUCUUUUGCUGAUGGAGUGGUUCUGGCUCGUGAAACACUGCUAUCUGGCAAAGCUCUCAAAACCCUUGAUUCGUUUAUCAAUGUUUCCAACAAGGCAAAAGAAGCAGCCUGUACGAGCAUGUUGUAGUUUCGGCUGAAAUAACUAAUGUUGUAGUAUUUCACAUCACCAAGGCCAUAUGGUCAGAGGGUUUUCAGGUGGGUUUGUGAAAGUUUUCAAAUAAGUGUUUAACUCCAUUAGUAUUACUCAAAGGGUACGGAGAUGCCGAUUAUUUUUUUCGCAACGAAGCUUUUUCAAUGUUUGAAAGGGUGAAAUUGUAUAUCGUUGGCAGUGUAGCAAUAUAGUAUUGUAAUAGGGGAGAAAUACUGAUGGUAGAUAUUUGGAUUUGGUAGGAAAGAAGAAAGGAAUGGGGGGAAUUCUCAAUAGCCUUUCCUUUA